AUGAAAAUUCAAUAAAAUCGUACCAGGGAUGGAUAACGAAAGCAUAUUAUUAUAUAUACUCUGUGAAACUAUAAUAAUUAAGGAGACCUCUUUGGAAUCAGAUAAGAGUUUAGCAGUUAUCCCAAGUUCAAUUUGUUUUAUUUUAAGUUUAAAGUUUUUAUUAAAUUUGAUUUAUGUUUUUUCAAUGACUGAAAGUGCGAAUAUAUAUAGAAAUUGA